GGAGGGGGCAUCUGUAAGGAGAUUUAGAAAAAAAAGAACAAUCUAUUUGUAAAUAACAAAAAAACAAAUAUGAACUAUAUUUUUUUGCAAAUAAAAUAACUCGUUUAUCUUUUUUGGAAGAGAUUUUAAAAAAACUUUAACUUUUUCAUUAAAAAAAAAUUCUCAUAUUCAAAAUUCACUUUUAAGUCAGCACUGAUCUCGUGGUCGGCGUGUCGGAUCUAUAGCGCAGUCCAAGUUCGACCGGCGUUUGACUUACAACUCGGAGAAUCUUUACGCAAGCUUUAAGCAAAAAGCUUUAAUUAUUAGAAGAAAAAAAGCUUUUUCUUAAAAAAAACAAAAACAAAAAAGGGCGUCCGAACCGAAAAGAUUCGUCCAAAAGUUUCACCAAUUGUAACGAGAAAAGAUGGCCAAAGCAGCAGCUGCAAUCAAGAAACUUAUGCCGAUGUUCGACAGGGUCCUCGUCCUGAAGGCUGAGGCGGUCACUAAGACAAAAGGGGGCAUCGUCAUCCCAGAGAAAUCCCAGUCAAAGGUUCUGCAUGGGACUGUCGUCGCUGUCGGACCCGGCUCUAGAAAUCAGAAAGGAGAACUCGUUCCACCUCAGGUGGCCGUCGGUGACCACGUCCUCCUCCCUGAGUACGGAGGUACAAAGGUCGAAAUCGAGGAGAACAAAGAGUACCACCUCUUCAGGGAGUCAGACAUCCUAGCGAAGCUGGAGAUGUGAGACGAGGUCGAAGGCCUGGACCCCGAAGUAGUAACAAGCCGGGCGUUGCCUUACAAGAGGAAACGUGCGAAAUUCCAAUUGUAAAUUUUUUCUCUCUAUUUUUUUCCUUCUUCCUUCCCCCAUCACCCAGAAGUGAAAACAGAAAAAAAAACUAUAGAUUUUUCUAGUUGAAAAGCGGGAAUAUUUUUUGUAUUUUCCCCUUUUUUUUAUAUGUUAUAUGUUUAAUAAUAAAUUUAUUUAGUUCUUUCUUUA